AUGGGGUUUCUCACCUUCGCCGCCGCAGGCGGCUGCCUGAUCUUAAUAGGCGCGUACGAAGCCAUUUCCUCCUCAAUCCAAAACCCAGAUUCAGAUUCAUCUCCGCCGUCGCCGCCUCAACCUCCGAUUCGUCCCCCGAUGGCGCAGUCGAAAGCGAAAACCCAGUCUCUGUCGUCGUCGAUUUAUUACCUGGCCGCCGCCGUUAUUUCGUUGCUGUUCAUCUUGAACUCUUUGGUUUCGUUCUUUGACGCGCUCGACUCAGCGGAUCCAGUCGGCUCAGCUAUGCAAUUGCAAGUGCUGGCGAUCGCGUCGCUGUUCUUGCUCUACGCAAUUACGGGUCUUGUGGUAAAUUUCACGAAUUCAGCUCUACCUUGUUCGUUGCUUAGUUUGGUCGGUCUUUUCGCUUUCGUUGAAGAAUUUUUAAUGUUUUACAUGCAAAGAAAAGACACUUUUGGAAUCGAGAAUCGGUACUUUGAUCUGCUGCUUGUGCCGAUUGCUGUGUGUAUAUUUUCUACAAUGCUUGAAUUCAACAACCCCAAAUCGAAUUAUCCGAAAUUGGCUCGUGGGGUUGGGCUGGUUCUGCAGGGAAUGUGGUUUCUGCAAAUGGGUAUUUCUUUGUACACCAACUUCGUGGCGCACGGAUGCUCGUUGCACGAAAAGAGUAGAGGGAAUUACACUGUGAAAUGCAAGGGGCACCCUGAGUAUCACAGGGCUAGAGCCAUCGUCACGCUUCAGUUUAACUGCCAUCUUGCUUUUAUGGUGGUUGUGCUUGUGGGAGUGUACUCGAUUAUUGCUAGGAAGCGUGGUGGAUUUCGGGGUGAUGUUUUGCACUAUAAACCGCUUGGCGCAGAGAUACAUCAGUUUGAUAAUCAGAGCCAAUUUACUUUGGAUUCUGAUGAUGGCGAUGAUGAGAUUAAAGAGGAGGGGAAUUCGGCAAUGCAGAAAGCCGGCGAAGUGGAAUUGGGUGUCAACGGUUUUGGUUCUCAUAAGUGA